AUGCUAAACGAGAAAAUAGAAGAACAAAAACGUCGAAACAGAUUACUUCAGCAGCACAUUGACGAAGUGCAAGAGCAGUUGAACGCGGUUAAACAAAACACCGCUAACCUCCGCAAUGAAUGCCAAUCUUUGGAUGAAACAUUUGAAAGUAUCUCCAAGCACCUCGACCAAGAGACAAGAGAAUUGACCGCGGUCGUGGCGAAAAAGAGAAGCAGGCUUUCAGAGUUUAAAGUUGAUGCUGAGUUGGUGGGGACUCGGCGAGAGGAGAAAGACAGAUCUGUUUCGGAAAUCGUGCGCCUCCGUAAGGACGUCAUGGAUGCUGGCAUAGACGUUGAUAAUCUGACGGUUAAAUUCCAAUAUGAACUUGGGAAAAUGGCUAUAUUUCCCUUCUGGAAACUGGAAGGGGAAAUUGAUAAAGUUCUCCAAAGAUGUGUCGAAAAUUCCACUCUUAAAGAAAGCAGUAGUGAGCAAGUUGUCGAUGCUGGGAACGGUCUCUACCAUCACGGAAAGGUGAAGUGUCUGUUCAGGAUAUAAGAUGAUUUGGUUUUAUCAACUGAGCUGAUAAUAUAAAUCGGCCACCGUAAAGAGUUUCUAAAGCUCAAGCGUCAGCCCCUGUUACAGCGAAUGACAAAGGGCUAUUAAACUCGUUGCUGUGGCCACUUAACAUUAUCAAAUCAGUUGAUAAAAUCAAAUCAUCUCGUAAUACCCUUUCCCACACAGCAACGCAGUUUUCUUCUUUGUUCAUAAUAUGGAUCCUUUGACUUAAUGUCAUCCUGUUUAAAAGGAAUUCAAUGAAAUGGCUCGUGAGACUUUCCGUAGGUCUGUAAAUUUUUACUUAGCCUGUACAAUUUGCGUGUGCCUUCAUGACCAAACCAGCUGCUUUAAGUAAGUGUUAUGCGGAUAAAAUCAUUCACAGACCAAUGGAUUUUUUUUAAUUCUCUUGGUCUUGAUCUGAUGUAAACAAAGACUACGCAACUUUUGUGCUAAAUGCCUCUCAAAGCCAAUUGUUAUUGAAUGUUAUUAACGGCAUGAUCGAUCGAGCUGGCGCCCUUUAAUUUUCAAAUCUAAGAGACUUAUUGUGAGGUUGCAUAAAAGCAUAAAAGUGCACGCGACAAACUCUAAGGAUGCUGUGGGUAAUUCCUUUACCUCAGUAAUUUGGGAAAUUCUAAGAAAACGUCACCGGAUUUAUAUCCAAGAAAAGAGCGGCUUAGAACAUUUUACAGAAAUUGAUUCUUUACUUUGAUUCAUCUUGUUAUUUCAUCAACAGUCUGCGACAGGUUCCGAAGAAAACUCAGUGCAAAAUUCUGAAGAGAAAUCAAAUAGAGACUCAAAAGAAGAAUCAGGAGAAAUCUCGGCGGAAAAUUCAGAAAAUAAUCAGUUGCAGCAGUGCUCCAAAGAGAACUUAAACGAUAACUGCGGGGACAGCUUCAAAACCGAUGAGAGCUCAGAUACAUCACAAAUAACCGUCUUAAAAGUACACAUGCUGGGGAAGGGUGAUAACUCCGUCGACAGAAGUUCAACACUUACCAAUACUGUUUCAAUCCAGUCCACUUUUUCAUCUUCCCAUGAAGGUUGUGCGGAAAAUGGCUGCGAAUUUGUCGAAGAUUUGUCAUUUUCCCACAAAGAUGCACCAAAGAAGGUACGAUUCUGCACGUGAUGAAGCUAUCAGGAUGUUGGGUCUCUAGCACUUAUUAAAUAUUAAAGGCAGUUUAUGUGAUAGCCACUUACAAGUCACAUUUAGCGCGCUUGAGUUGAGCAUGGCUAUAUUUGCUGCUUUGAUACGUCCUCGACUGAUAAUGCCUGCCCAACAAUAUCCGUGCGGCAUGCUUACCUGCAAAAGUAAGAAGAGAAGUCGCAAUAACAUAGUCGACUUCUGGAGGCUGCUAUCUGCUCAUGUUUGGUUCUCUCGUCAUUCUCCUUGAAAAAAUGACUUGAGACAACAAGCAUUCCCUCCUUUUCGGUGAAAUCCGCCGUGAAACUCAAAACAAUUCAGCGAAAAUUGAUGUUAGUGUGCCGCGUGGAACUCUGAAAUGAAGCGCCUCACUCCCAAAGUUCAGCUCGACGCGCCCAAACUUUUAUUCCUUACUGAAUUUUUUGACUCGUACGACGAAUUUCGCCGAAAAUUAGUGACUGCUCGUACUAUAAUACAAUUUUGAACCGUUUUAACAAAACAUCACCGAAUUUAUCGCGUAUUACCCGGCGUAGGAAUGAAAAUAUUAAAUGGAAUCUCUCAGUAGAACCAAAGUUGGCAUUUAGCAUUUGAUACGAAUUCAAAGUCCUAUUUUGAUAUCAGCUCAGCCCUUUGACUACUUAGAGUGACUGGCUUUUCAUUCCUUCCUGCAGUAUUACCCUUGAAUAAAAUGCAGUCAGUACCAUAGGAAAUGUAGAGAGAACAGUAUGGAGAAAAUGGAUACUAACGUUGGAGUGUAAAGGGUUAAUUAAGAUUAUUGUAGCGUGUUGCAGGCGUUCAGCUAGUAAAACAAAGUGCGAUAGUAAACAGCACUAUACUGGUGAAGAGUGAAAAAACGGGUAAAGCUUGGGUCGAGUCACGUGACGAACCCGACCCGACCCAAACCUCGCUCGCUUUUUCACUCCUCAGUUACUCACCGUCUCACUAUCUCACCGUCUGCUAUUUCGUUCCGUUUUAUCAACUGAAGGCCUAAAACACGCUAGAGUAAUCUUAAUUAAGACGGUCGUCAACUUCAAAUAUGUAACAUGUUAUUUUUUCUCUCUUUUGCAGAACCUCACAUCCAGUCGCCUUGCUCGUAAGUUACGGUUCUUGCGUUGUGUCCCAAAACGAAAUGAGGAAAACUGA